UAAAACAGUUUGGAGAGCAUCAAGGAUGGAGGAGGUGUAGCUUUUUUUUUUGUUGUUGCAUUUUUCGGAUUGGAGGACUGCAUUUAAGGAAGAUUAGGACCAUUUGUUUACACAUCGGUUCAGUUAUACAUUUGCUCACUCUCAGCAUCGCUGCACAAUGAUUUGCUGACAACGUACUGAAUAUUUGCUUCUUUGACUAAUGUUAGGAGUCACAGGAACCAUGGCAACGACAGCUCUGACUGGGUUCUCUAUGAUGAGCAUGCUCAGCCUCGGGUACCUGACCUGGGACCUGAUGGGUCCUAACCAAGUGGAAAACGAGCCAGUUCAAACUUUCGAUGGCUCGUCUCCGGUUCCGCAGCGGCCUCACAUCAUUUUCAUCAUGACGGACGAUCAGGGAUUUAACGACAUCGGCUAUCACAACUCUGACAUCAGAACACCGGCGCUGGAUAAACUGGCUGCAGACGGAGUGAAGCUUGAGAAUUAUUACAUCCAGCCCAUCUGCACGCCCUCCCGCAGUCAGCUCAUCACCGGCAGGUACCAAAUUCACACUGGCCUGCAGCACUCCAUCAUCCGGCCCCGCCAGCCCAACUGCCUGCCCUUUGACCAGGUCACCUUGCCCCAGAGGCUGCAGGAGCUCGGCUACGCCACCCACAUGGUUGGCAAGUGGCACCUGGGCUUCUACAAGAAGAAGUGCCUCCCCACUCGCAGGGGCUUCGACACAUACUUUGGCUCCUUGACGGGCAGUGUGAACUAUUACACUUACAACUCCUGUGACGGACCCGGGCUGUGUGGUUUUGACCUCCUUGAGGGGGAGUCGGUGGCAUGGGACCAGAGGGGCAAAUACUCCACCCAUCUCUACACACAGAGAGUUCGCAAGAUCCUGGCCACUCACGAUCCUCAGUCGCAGCCACUGUUCAUAUUUCUCUCUUUCCAAGCUGUUCACACCCCCCUGCAGUCUCCGCGCGAGUACAUCUACCCGUACCGUGGGCUGGAAAACGUGGCACGCAGGAAAUAUGCUGCUAUGGUGUCAGCUGUAGAUGAGGCCGUGCACAAUAUAACGUAUGCUCUCCGCAAGUACAGCUACUACAAGAACAGUGUCAUCAUCUUCUCCACGGACAACGGUGGGCAGCCUUUGUCCGGCGGCAGUAACUGGCCGCUCAGAGGACGCAAAGGCACCUACUGGGAAGGCGGCAUACGUGGUCUGGGGUUCGUACACAGCCCUUUGUUGAGGAAGAAGAGAAGAGUGAGUAAAGCCUUGGUGCACAUUACUGACUGGUACCCCACGCUGGUGGGGUUAGCAGGUGGCAAUGAGUCCCUGACGGAGGGGGUUGACGGGUAUGAUGUUUGGGGAGCCAUCAGUGACGGGAAGGAGUCUCCCAGGUUUGAGAUCCUCCACAACAUUGACCCUCUGUAUAACCAUGCACACAGUGGCUCUCUUCAGAAAGGAUACGGGAUUUGGAAUACGGCGGUUCAGGCCUCCUUAAGAGCUGGAGACUGGAAACUCCUCACGGGAGACCCCGGCUACGGAGACUGGACACCGCCGCAGAUGCUUUCGGGUUUCCCCAGCAGCUGGUGGAACCUGGAGCGCCACACUGCACCACAGAAGUCAAUCUGCCUUUUCAACAUCUCCGGAGAUCCCUACGAACGCUUCGACCUUUCCGAGAAGAGACCAGAUGUUGUGAAAAAGCUGUUGGCUAGACUGGCAUUCUACAACCGCACUGCGGUGCCCGUAAGGUACCCAUCAGAGGACCAUCGGGCCGCUCCCCACCUGAAUGGAGGUGCCUGGGUGCCCUGGGUGGGAGAUAUGGAGGAGGACAGAUGGGACACUGUUUAUCCAAAAAAGAACAAGGAUUGGAAGAAUAAGCUGAAAGAAUCCAAUAGCAGGUCGUUUUUCAGAAGACUUAACACUAGGAUCAUGUCUAACAGGAUAUAGAAAGAAAAUGACUGACAGAAGUUCAGAGAAGGCACUUAUGAAGAAAUAUGUGUUGAACGAGGAAGCUGCAGUUAUGGAGUUCAAACUGCGGGCAU